GCGGCACUUGAGGUCGACAUGUCAUCCAGGACAAAACGGAGCAGUCUUUUGAAAUUUCAUCGACCCAAGCUGCGUCUCAAUGAGGCUCCUAUACCUGUCCUGAAGCCGGAAUCCAUGGCUUGCCUGCAGAACCUGCUUAACUACCGGCUCCCUAAGCAACGUAUGCGAUACCCAAAGUCGAGAUGUGCUGCGGUCCUUGUCGCGCUGUUCGUAGGAAGGAUGGGCGACCUAUACGUAUUGCUUAGUCGACGCGCGUUGACAUUGAGGACGUACGCCGGUGAUACUUCAUUGCCAGGAGGCAAAUGGGAGCCGCAGGACCGCACCAUUGAAUGGACGGCGCGGCGGGAAGCCUUUGAGGAGAUAGGAUUGCCAAUGGACCGGAAGAAAGUGCCGCUACUAUGCAUCAUUGAACCAUUCCUUGCUGGGAACCAGUUGAUUGUCACACCUGUCGUCGUACUGAUAUUGGACAGUACUUUGAGGCCGAUCCUGAACAAGCCGGAAGUCGCGUCGCUCUUCUCGCAUCCACUAAUAUCGUUCUUACACUCUGAACCGCCUUUCCCUACCGAACCUGAGAUGCUCGAGUUGAAGUAUCACACGUAUAACGAUGUAGACUGGCGCGGCCUGGGGAAAGUCCGCAUGCAUCGACUUCUAACAGGAAGAGAAGCUGGAGGGACGAAGCCAAUAUUCGGGCUGACAGCUGCCAUCUUGAUUCGGGUGGCCACCAUCGGGUACGGGCGAGAACCCGACUUUGACGUAUGUGCUCCGGGCCAGCCAUCCCAGGAGGAACGGAUAGCGUUCGAGAUGAGGAAUCAUCCGAUAUUUCGCGAGGCGGCGCGCCAGGAAGGAUUGGACCCAGACAAGGUGCCCGAUCCGUCGACGUUCCGGCAGAGGGAUGCGGCGGGUGGGACGUCAGGCGCCACGAGGCGGAGACAGGCUCAAGCUCAAUUGCGGAGUAAGCUCUGAGUUGUAUACGAUACGUACACACAGCCAUAUUGCUAGAGCACAUGUCUGAUGAACUUUGUUGUAACCAGUGCAGGUCACUUUCAACUCAUGUAUGACAGAUUACUGUGUACUUUUACAUGUCUCAUUGUUGAACAAAUCCUCCUGAUCGUCGUGAGGCAAUGCGGCCAGGUUGUGGCAUAGUAAUGUCGCCAUGGUGUGGUCGAUAUUGCAACAGCAGAUAGAUCGUUGUUGAGCUUACACUAGCCAUUUGACCUCGCCUUCUCCAUGCCGCCACCGUUCUACAUCCGCAUUGUCGAGCCUUUCUCCUAACCAUCAUCUGUGCUGUUCUCUCCCUCGC